AUGGCAUACGCGAGGAGCGACAGAGGACCUUCAGGACCCGGGCGAAGAACUCGCACCGUUCCAAGAAGGGUCGUCCGCCGCCGCGGGUCGUCAGGGCCGACCGCCACGGCGGCCAGCAAAGCCCUCCAGGAAAUGCGGGGCAGCAGCGCGGCAAAGGAAAAGGGUCCCCACAGCCUAUGCCUGGGGGCUACAGGAGAAAUCGGACGUUGGAGGGCCGAGCUCUCCGUGGUGAUCCUGGGCUGGUCCCUGGCGACGCAGGAGGAAGACCAGUUUCCGCACGAACUGGCCCAGCUGCGCACCGCGUCCUUGGAGGGAGCUGCGGCAGAGUUGGAGGCGCUUCUGAAAAGGCCGAUGAACCCGGAUGUCGUGGUGGAUCGCAUGGAGAGGUCGUGCCUUCUGUUGCAACAUGGCGCGGAGUGA